AUGGAGCACAAGAAUUCUCGUCGAGAAUCUUCAUCGUCGUCAUCGUCAAAGGAUUCAGGUCAACCGUCGAAUCAAUACGAUCCCAGAGAGGCGGCGCAAAAAAUUGUCCCAAGAAGACACAUCCCAGCAAGAAGUGUUCCCGAAAGACCUCAUACCAGCGGACCGAAAGUCGUGAAUUGGGAUACUAAGGCCAACUCAAAGUACAAUGGAAUCUCGGAGAGCUACCUACGCGAGAAGUACAACUUCACACGUUUCACUAAAGAAGAAGAGCGGAAAAGAAAUGCCGAGGCACAAAAAUUGUUCGACAUGAGGAAAAAGAGAAAACAGCUCGAGGAGAGCUAUCGCAAAAGGAAGAGAGAGGAAGAAGAACAAAAGAAGUGGGAACGAUAUAUGGAACAACUAGAAGAAGAAGCAAAAUUUUGGGAAAAUUCCGUUAUAAGGAGUCUUGACGAGUAA